AUGACACUCUCUCACCAAAAUGAACACUCAGAAUUUCUACUCAAACAGAUUGGAAAUGAAGGUCUCACCAAACAGAUUCUCACAAAAGGUGUCUCUUGGCAAACUCCAUUCUCAGGAGAUGAAGUUCAAGUUCAUUUUCGAGGACAAAUAGAAAAUGGACCAUCUCUUGAGUCUAGUUAUGAUAAAGGUUCUUCUUUUCAUUUCAAAUUAGGCCAAGGUGAAGUAAUCAAAGGAUGGGAUGAAGGUGUUGCUACUAUGAAAAAAGGGGAGAGAGCAAUCUUCAAAAUACCACCUGCCUUAGCGUACGGGGAAGUCGGUUCUCCACCAUUGGUUCCUCCGAAUGCAACUCUCGUUUUUGAGAUUGAAAUGUUGUGUUGGAGUACCAUCAGAGACAUGACGGACGAUGGAGGAAUCAUGAAAAAGACGAUAAGGGAAGGAGAAGGAUGGGCUACUCCAAAAGAGCUUGAUGAAGUCCUAGUGAAAUAUGAAGCAAAACUUGAGAAUGGGAUGCUUAUCAAGUCUGAUAAAGGCGUGGAUUUUCAUGUAAGCGACGGAUAUCUAUGUCCAGCCAUGAGCAUAGCAGUAAAAACAAUGAGAAAAGGCGAGGUAGCAGAGCUUAGUAUGAAAUUCUUCUAUGGCCAGACUCAAAAUUCAAAUAGAAUAAUCGAGCUUAAUGGUUUACCAGAUUCUAAUGUAAUUAGCAUCAAACUCGAGCUGGUAUCAUGGAAAAUCGUUACUGAUAUCACAGGAGAUAAGAAAAUACUAAAAAAAAUUAAUAAACUCGGCGAGGGGUUUGAUCGUCCUAACGAAGGAUCUCAUGUGAAAGUUACAUAUAUCUGCAAAGGAGAAGAUGGUACAAUUAUUGAUAGGAAAGGAUCAAAGGAAGAACCUUUUGAGUUCAUAAUUCAAGAAGAACAAAUGCAUGAGGGUCUUGAAAAAGCAAUUAUGACAAUGACAAAAGAAGAACAAGCUUUGGUUACUGUCAAUGUUGAAAAAACCCUUUAUUAUGAAGUUGAAUUAAUUGAUUUCAUUAAGGAGAAACCAUUUUGGAAAAUGGAUACUCAAGAGAAACUAGAAGCUUGUGAGCAGAAGAAGCAUGAUGGAAAUCUUCUGUUUAAGGCUCAAAAUUUUAGGCGCGCAUCCGAGAAAUACGAAAAGGCUGUAAAAUACAUUGAAUUUGAUCACACAUUCAGCGACGACGAGAAGCGUCACGCUAACACAUUGAGAUUGUCAUGUAAUUUGAACAAUGCUGCAUGUAAACUUAAGUUGGAAGAGUACAUAGAAGCUGCCAAGCUAUGCACAAAGGUACUAGAACAAGAUCCCUUGAAUGUUAAAGCUCUUUACAGAAGAAGCCAAGCAUAUCUUAAAACAUCAGACUUGGAGAAAGCUGAAGCUGACAUUAAAAGAGCACUGAUUAUUGAUCCAAAUAAUAGAGACAUUAAACUUGAGUACAAAGAGCUCAAACUGAAGCAAAGGGAGUACAACAAAUAUGAAGCUGACAUCUUUAGCACAAUGGUUUCAAAGAUGAAUUAG